GCGACCCUGACUACCCUUCCCAGGCUCUUCAUGGAAAGAAGCCCAGUCUCCCUUGUACAUAAAGCACCUCUGUGAGAACAGCAUUCAGUCCUAGAGAGUGACCCAGAAAGAGAAGAAGACUGGCUACUCUACACAGGCACUGCUAAUAGCCUUGUACCAUCCACAAUGUAACAGAGCACUCCAACUCUGUGAAAGUGGCAAGAUGCCCACAGUUGGGGAUGAGUGGGUCCCUGAGGAACAGGAAUCUGUAACCGGCAAGUUACAGCGUAAAAUGAAGCAGUCUCCUCUUGUUCCAGUGGGUCUGCUUGGAUUUGCUGUGAUUGUCGUUUAUGGACUUUACAGACUGAAACAACGGGGCAAUGUAAAAAUGUCAGUUCACCUGAUUCAUACACGGGUAGCUGCACAAGCCUGUGUUGUGGGAGCUACUGCCUUAGGAACUACAUACGCCAUGUACAAGGAAUACAGGGAGAAAAAGGCAACUGAGAGAGAAGCUGUGAAACAAAAUGGAAGACGUUCUACCAAGGAGUAAAGGAUGUGUCUCAUGACCUAACCAGGCUAUGACUCGCACCUAGGAGAGAUCUGCUCCUUUUUUCUGCUUUUAUAGUUUUACUUCCAGAGGACGAUUAUAAAGUACAUUACUCUGGCACUUGAUAAAUUAUUCUUCCAUAUCCCAGAUAACCAUAGAGGACAGCACCGAAAUCUGCAGACUAAGCAGUAUAGAAAAAAACUACGUAUUUACUCUCCUUACGUAGCUCUGGGGCCAUUGUAAUGCAUUUGUAGAUGUAGAAUGUGAUUGGGACAAAAAAAGAAACAAAGAUAAUACACGAUUUCUGUACAGAAACAGUGACAUUGCAAUAACCAAUUUUCUGCUAUUACUGGAUCAACAGCUGAUAAUACAUGGUACAUAUAUAUACAGAUGUAGCUGAGCCAAAAUUGACUGAUAACCAAGAUAAUGCUGUGCCAUGUCUUUUCUCGUGACAAAAGCCAUUUAAAAGUUAUCUUAUUCUUACCAUACUUUACUUAACGUGUUAACCAUGAAGUUUAGCUUGGCUGCAUCUGUAGUUAGAUUAUAUACCCACAUAUUUUUAUGUAUGAUACACACAUUUACAGUGUAAGUAUCAAGUACUCAUUGAUAUUUCAGUAGAACGAUUCCAUCACUGUCCAAUUACUACAAGUCAGUUGCUUUUAGAACAAUCACAGAGAGCUCCUAUUUUUGUGUGUGACAUCAAGGCCAGAUGUAGUACGUGCCUUGCUCCCUUCCCUGCAGCUGUGCCGCCGAA